AUGUCGAUCCGACAGGGACCUCCAAAGCACCAGAACAAGGUCGCGUGGAAGCCCCACGCUGGGAACACGAAGAACGAAACGGUGAGGGCAGCUUCCUUCAACCCCAUCCCAUCGUGGUGGUUUCAUCGCUUCUUGGUAUCUUCGCAUGAGAGAUAGUGAGAAUACCGAGAAAAUCGAUGUGCAGGAAGUCGGGGGCAAGUUCCGGCCGUACUCGGACAUCACAGGCGUGUGCGGCCGCUGCAAGGAUCAGAUAGACUGGAAGCGCAAGUUCGUCUCGUCCUCCCAGUAUAGGGUUUCAGGGGUUUUUUGGUUUUAACCAUUUUAUUCUCUGAUUUGGCUUCGUUUCUUGCAGAUACGGGAAGUAUAAGCCUCUGAUCGAGCCGGCCAAGUGGUACUGGUUCUUCUCACAUUGUUCUAUUCUCUCUCCUUGUAGUCUUCUUCAACAUUCGAGUAAUCCCGAUAUGCUGUGUUCCUGGAUUUGUCUUCUCUCAGUCAGAAGUGCUCGAAGCGUGCUGUCCGGCAGGCCUACCACAACCUCUGCACCAGUUGGUCUCUCUGUCCUUUGCCUCCUCCCUCCUCUCGAAGUUUUCUUAUGGAAAAUGAAAUGGGCAUCCUGUUUCGUUGACUAAAUCGAUGAAUUAUCAACCUUCCAACUGCAAAGGUUGCGCCAAAGAACAUGGGGUGUGCGCCAAGUGUUGCUGUAGAACGGAUCGUAUUAUUGGAAGGUUUCAUCUGCCCUAUCUUAUUUCCAUAAACAUAUGACUGUUCUAGUUUUCCUUGGCCAAAGAUUGAUCACUGAUUGUUCUAAACUUUGAUCUAUCAUGACUGACUUACAGAGAUAUCUCGGAAGUAGAGGCAGAACGGAAACAAGUCGAAGAGGUAGAAUUUGCGUCAGAACACGAAAAACUUAGUCAAUCCUGCUCUGUGUUGAUGAGUUUUUUAAAUGUCGCUGGUUCUUGUGUACAGGCUCUUAAGCAUGCUCGUGAAAGGGAUAGGAGGACCCUUCUACGCGCAGUAAGAUUUUUUCCGUUCUCGCUUGAACUUUUAGUUUUCUACGGUGGGCAUGAUCAUGUAGGAUUUCUAUGCACCUUGGAAUGAUUCAGAACUACUAUGAUUGUCCAUUUUAUUUGCUAUUUUCUCAUUUUGAGAGAUUAUAUGGAGUGCAGUUAUCUGCGGUCGACUUAAAUCUUCUUUGUUGGGUAACAGUUGACUUCAGAUGGCUUUUGAAUUUUUUAUGAAACUAUGGCCAGAAGGAGGUAUUUUAUUUCAACCGGUGUCCUAUUUUUAGGAGAAUUAGGAAACGUUAUGCUUCUGUCUUUUGAAGGGCAUAACGGAGAGCUAUAUUGUUUAUUCCUUGGUUAAAAAAUAGAUAAUAGGGGAUGUUUUUUUCUCGCCAAACCUUCUUUUUUACUAGUUGGAUAGAUGAAAAAAAUGCAUAUGGGUUCAGAUGGGCUCAAAGGCCCUUGAGCACAACUAAAAAUAACACUCAAUGACACAAGCUGUACGUAGGCAAUGUGUAUGUAUAUAUACAUAUAUUGGAUUAUAUUUUCUGAGAUUGAUGAAUAGAAGAGUAUUGUUGACAUCCUAUAGAAAUUUCAGUACUUCUUGUUGGGCUAAAUUAAGCAUCAUUUCUUAACAGAUGAGUAAAGGCAGUGCUAGUAGCAAGAACAGUGAAAACCCAAAGAUCGCUGACAGGAGCAGGGAGGGAGAUCUGUUCCCAGCUAAAUCCAUCGAUGAGUAUGCGGCGCAAGCGAUUGACCUUGAUGAUGACAACGAUGGCUUGAUAUGCAGCUGA